UCUCACCUCCACCUGGAUGGGCUGGCGCUCUGUGGAGGCGCGAGGAUGGCGGCGGGAGGCUCUUACGGCUUCGCUCAGGGCGCUGGCCCACAGUACAGCGCUCAGCCUCCCACGGCUCUCCCCCUCCCUGCCUCUGGAGCCAGCUUCACCACCCACCCCACGCCUGGAAUGGACCCUGCCGGGACCCUGCCAUUUGCUCCCGAGGCCACCUGGCCACCCAGGUCUGGCAGCCCAGCAGGAUAUGGCAGGUACCAGCCCCACGCCAUCCAGGACUUUGAUUACAGUAGCAGACUCACGGAGCCCACCCUCACCCCCACCGCUGCUUCCUCCUACCAGGACAGUUAUGGCUAUGAACCACUGACAGCCGUCAGCAGCUCUGAGAACAAAGAGCAUCACCCGCUUGCUGUGGGCCAGUCUCAGCUCCCCGCCAGGGCGGUGCUCUGCCAGCCAGAGGCCAAAGGAGCUUACUGUCAGCCCAGCAGUGGGUGCAGCCAAGCGCAGCCCCUACAACAGGCACUCACUAAGGCGGCACAGCCAGCCAGCGUCCUGUCCUCCAGUUACACCUACUCCCCAGCAUCCAGUGUCCAGCAGCCCUCAGUCUUCAUGUCCACCCUGCCUUCCUGCACCUCAUCCUCCUCCUACAGCUUCACCUCCACCCCAUACACAGGACCAAGCUAUCCGAGCUGUUACAUGUCGGUGUACCCAGCAGCCGGUCCUUACUAUCCUCCACUGCUCCCCCCACAGUUGCAGCCUCCACCCCCUCCACCUCCACCCCCAAAGCCUGAGGACUUGUCCCCCUGGGGUGCCCCAGGGAACAGCUCUAGUGUCAGUUCUGCUGGCAGCUUCACCAAGAAGGCACUGGUUCCCACCGGGCUGCCGAAACCCAAGGAUGGGCCCAGGCAGUCCCCACUUCACUACUGUGACCUCUGCAAGAUCAGCUGUGCUGGUGCCCAGCAGACCUACCGCGAGCACCUGGAAGGGCAAAAGCACAAAAAGAAGGAGGCAGCAGAGAAGACGGGCAUCCAGCCCAACGGCAGCCCUUGUGGGGUGCGGGCGCAGCUGCACUGUGGCCUUUGUGACGUGUCCUGCACCGGGGCAGAAGCCUAUGCCGCCCACAUCCGGGGGGCUAAACACCAGAAGGUCUUCAAGCUGUAUACCAAAUUGGGGAAGCCCAUCCCCACCAUAGAACCUGUGCCAGGGAACUCCAGCUCAGCCCAGACCACCUGCACCAGCAAGCCGGCCCCCCUCACCACUGAGAGUCCCCCUGUGACCUCAACCAAGCCUGUGGAACCCCCUGGCUCCAGCAUGCACACCCCUGGCGGACUAGAGCUGCCCAAGAAGCCAGUGGUCUCAAAGGCCUCGUGCACGGUUCUUCCAGGGCCUCCGGAGCUGAAGGCAGCAGGCUGCAGACCCCCAGAGGGCAAACUGGCACACCUGAAGUCAAAGAGGUUGGGACAACCGCCCACCCAAGCAGACUCUGUGGAAGCUUCUGGAAGAUGCUGUGACUCGCAGCCAGUGGGCCCAGGCUACGUGGAAGAGGUAUGCAACAGCGAAGGCAAAGUGAUCCGGUUCUACUGCAAGCUGUGUGAGUGCAGCUUCAACGACACCAACGCCAGGGACAUGCACGUCAGAGGGCGGCGGCAUCGGCUGCAGUACAAGAGAAAAGUCGAUCCUGACCUUCCGAUCCCCAUCAAGCUCAGUAACAGAGUCUGGAGGCUUCUGGAGGAGAGGAAGAGGAAGCAGAAGCAGCUGACCAGGAAGCGGCUGGAGGCACUGCGGCGCUGGCAUGCAGAGAUGAGGCGCUACGACCUGUGCAGGAGGCAGCCGGAGGAGAAGACACAGGCCCAGGAUGAGCACCUGGGACACUCCCCAUCAGACCAGUGCUCUCCUCCCCUCGGGAGCAGGCCAGGGGCACCUGCUGCCACACCGCUGCCCACACAGCGGCCAGAAUCCAGUGACGACCGCCACGUCUUGUGUAAGCACGCCACCAUCUACCCCACAGAGGAGGAGCUCCUGGCUGUCCAGAAGGCUGUGUUCCACUCAGAGUGCGCCCUCAAGCUGGUGUCCGACACACUGGCGGAGGACAAGUCCAGAAGCCCAGAGCAGGAGGCUGGUGAGCACAGCGGUGCCAGCCCCUCUGCUCGGGUCCUGAAAGGCGUGGUGCGGGUCGGCCUCCUAGGGAAAGGCCUCCUCCUUCAGGGAGACAGAAACGUGCAGCUGAUCCUGCUCUGCUCCCAGAAGCCCACCCGUGCCCUGCUGCAGAGGGUCACCGAGCAGCUGCCCCAGCGACUCCUGAUGGUGACAGAGGACAAGUACGAGGUCUCCUCUGACCCGGAAGCCAACAUCAUCAUCUCAUCUUGUGCGGAGCCCAGAAUACGGGUCACUGUGUCUGUCACCUCGACCCUAAUGCGGGAGGACCCCUCCACAGACAGAGAAGGAAUGGAAGUACCCAAUCCAGGAGAUGUCUUGAACCCAGAAAAGUGUCUCCAGUCACUGGCCGCCCUCCGCCACGCCAAGUGGUUCCAGGCACGAGCCAGCGGCCUACAGCCCUGUGUCAUUGUCAUCAGGGUUUUUCGAGACCUCUGCCAGCGUGUGGCCCCCUGGGGAGCUCUGCCAGCCUGGCGUCUCCCUUUCCGCCCCUGCCCGGCCCAGGCCAUGGAGCUGCUGGUGGAGAAGGCUGUGAGCAGCGCCAAGGGGCCCCUGAGCCCGGGGGACGCCGUGCGGCGGGUCCUGGAGUGUGUGGCCUCUGGGAUGCUCCUGACAGAUGGGCCUGGGCUCCAGGAUCCCUGUGAGAGAGACCAGACGGAUGUGCUCGGGCCCAUGACCCCCCAGGAGCGGGAAGACAUCACAGCCAGAGCCCAGCAUGCCCUGCGCAUGUUGGCGUUUAGGCAGAUCCACAAGAUCCUGGGCAUGGACCCCCUGCCACCGCCCAGAAGCAGGCCAGGGCUGCGCUUCAGGAAGAGGGCGCAGGAGGCGGACGAGGCCGAGGAGGGCCCAAGGAAGCAGGCCAGCCCGGCGGAGAGGGGCCUUGUGAGUGGCCUCGCUCCCCCCCCAACGGGACCUGAGCUGCAACUGAGUGGACACUGUAUCCCCGAUGUUGGACGCUUGUGCUCUCCUUCCCAGUGAAGUCUCACGGGUUCCUCUGAAAACGCCUGUGCUCUGACCAGCAGUGAGAUGGCAGCACGCAGGGACGAAAACCUCCAGGUGGGGCAGCCACUGCAGGUGUCCCUAGUGCUGCGUGGAAGGUGUCGAAGCUCUAGCACAGUGACUUUGAGCCCUGGCUUUUUUGCUAACUUUAAACUCACCUGGGGCUACUACAGGUAUGGGUUUAUAAAUUGCUUCCUGUGGCUGCCCCAGACGUACGUGGACUUAACAUCACCAGGGCAUACCCAUCCGGGACCCGCCAUCCUGAAGGCUAGCCCCGGGAGGCAGGCUAGGGAGAGUUGAGGGUGGGGGCCAAUCCCUAGGGUGCACCUGGGCCCAGCCUGCUGCAAACACACCACCCCUCCCACUCACCAGCCCAGAAGUGGCCCCUCAUCCCCGGGUCUGCUGGGCCUCAGCUGGGCUCCUCUCCCAUCCCCGCUGUGGGGAGGGCGGCAGGGCUGAGUGCACCUCGGUCCCCCUCCCUGGAGCAGGUGCGACCUGAAUCUGCCCUGACUUCAAGACUCCCACCCCACCCCAACCACUGAGUGCCUUCUGCUUACAGGGGAGUUGCUCUGUAAUGUCUUAUCUGGGGCUGGGCUUUGCCCAGUGUCUUCUGUCCUCCCUGCGUAGGCCCAGCCUUUGUGGGUCCAGGACUCGCUUCUUAGGAGCAGGUCUGGGGGCUGUACCUAGUGCAAGGCACAGGGUUGGGCACCUCCUGGUGGACACGGCCCUGGCACUGGCGGGCAUGGGCAUGCCCCCUGCGCAGCCCCUGUCCUGCUGUGUCCAAACCUCCCUUUUUGGUGACCAGUUUUCUUGGCUAGCAUUAAAGGAGAAAAGCUCACCUUUUGCCAGCUCGAUCUACAAUCACUCGAUUCCUUUGAUUUUGCGUCUGUGUUUAAGGGAUGGCCUCUGUGCAGCUUCACAUCUGGUGUCUGUGUAGAGCUACCUGGAAACUUGGAGGGCAGGGGAAUAAAUGCUUUUUUUCAUGUGGA